CUCCGUCUUGGAUGGUAGUCACUUAACACAGCAUGUUUACGACUAAGAUCUCCAAAGCAUGUCAAGAAUGCCGGAGGCGCAAAAUUCGAUGCGAUGGAUUGAAUCCGUGCUCGACAUGUCAGCGACGCAAUACCGUGUGCCAGUUUCGGAAACGAGCUCGUGUGCGUCAGCGGCCGGGGACAGCCAUUCCACCACCAUCCGCUCAGGGGCCUGAUGCGCCCUUUGGUGACCUGGAAGAGGCCCGUAGUCAGACCUUGACUGAAUCAGCAUCAGUGGUAGAUCUAGCUAGUCCCGGGGAGAAGCCGAAGGAGCACCAGCACCGGCCUAGUGAACCUCCAUCGCACCUCUACAGGGAUGUGCACAAGAGUGUGUCCGCCCGCGAAAAAUCGUCUUCAUCGGACUCAGUGGAAUUGUACUAUGGCCCAACCUCGGACUUCUCUCUCCUCCAGCAUCUUUAUCGCCGUCUUUACAUCCAUGCGAAUCCGUCGGCUCCUCAAUUCAGCCGAGGUGAUACAGACGAGGUGGACCAGGGGCUGGACUUCUUCCGCAUCCGCCAUAUCUUCUUUGGACCAACGACGGCGGCACCGGGCUCUGACCAGGCCGAACAACCCCUCCUGAAUCUGCCUUCACGACAGGUGUGCUAUUCCUUGAUGAACCGGUUUCUUGCAACGCAUUAUAAUAUCGUCCCCUUUUACUUGAAAUCCCGCUAUGACCAAUUGCUCCGAGCCUUGCUUGGCGACGCCGACAACCACCCGUGUAGCCAAGUCCAGAAGCAGAUCGGCCUGCUAGCCAUGGCGACUGCUGCAGCCAAUACCGAGCACUUUGAAUGGGGUGCGACCGUGGCGGAAUACUGUGAAGCCCAGAGUGCAAAAACCGAGCACAUCGUCAGCCUGGAAACUAUCCAACUGGGAAUUAUGAUGGCCAUGUAUCAUCUGGAAUACGCACGUUCCAACUUCGCCUACGUUGUCAUUGGCAAUGCUUGUCGCAAGGCCUUUGCCGCUGGUCUGCACCGGCAGCAGUUGCGCGCCAACUCGGAUGACAAUCAGGGGACGGUAGAGCGGCGCCAUACCUUCUGGUCAAUGUACUUUAUAGAAAUAUGGACUAGCUUCUACCUCGGUCGCCCGAGCAUGCUGGAAUUUAUCAAGAUCGAAGUCUCGCAACCACAAGACAUCUUCCUCUCGAUAUUGCUGCACUUUGCGGCUGUCAUGCUGAAGAUCGUCCAGCAAAUUUAUCGCCCCCAAUGCGCCCCAUCCGCUCUUUGGAACAGUGCCAUCGUCGUCGGCAGAGAGAUGGCUGCACUUCACUCCAAAGCCCAAGCGGACUUCGGAAUCGAACUGGAUGAGCCUCGCAUAAGUGAUCCACGGGGUAUGCGGCCCACGGUUCUUGUUACCUUGUAUAAUUUCGUGUCCUUACUCAUUUUUCGGCCAUUCCUUAUCAUUCGUGGCAAGCUCCAGCAUUCACAGGCGGAGACAUCCGAGUCCUCUUCGACUCCGCCGCAACCCCGCCCGGACAUUCCCGGUUGGCUUAAUGAUGCGUGUCACCGGUGUUUGAAUGCGGCCAAGUCGAUCAUCCUUUACAUCUGCCAUAUUGCCGCCUCUGAUUCUUUACUCUUGGAACUCCGUUUCAACUGUUUCUAUAUGGAGAAUUGCCUAUUUGUGCUACUAUAUGACAUGGCCUCCAACCCAGAGAAGCACACCCGCAAUCUGCCCCUCAUCCACGAGGGUUUGCAGUUCCUGACCCGCAUGCGACCGGGUGAUCCCGUGUGCAGCUCCAUAACCACCAUCCGCCGCAUUCUGCAUCACCUGAACCUCGACGCCGGACCCGGGGAGCUCGUUCAGGAUCAUCACCAUCAGCAGCAUUCUCCACAACUCCAAGGUUUCAAUCCCUCCGCACCACCGCCGCCACCGCCACCGCCACUAUCUCUGUCUCAGAUGGCAAUGGGACCCGGGGUCUGGGAAGAGCAGCCACAGCAGCACCACCUGCCCCUCUCAUCCGAGCCUCUGGGUGACCCCGGAUUGCUGGCUCCCAGUGCCGGUCUACAAUUUGACUUAGAUUUCUCCGGGGCUGACUUUAAUGUGGAUAUCACGGCAAUAGACUGGGGUACAUUUUUUUCUUAUGUGCCGAAUCAAUGAUUCAGUGGGAGAAGUUUGAAUUACAAGAGGACUCUAGGAGCACAAAACGCCGAAUUGAUAAGCGGCAGCUCUUGCAAAUCCUUGAUAAAUUCGAAUCUUUCCCCUUCUCCCUCUCCUUCUUGCCCUUGUCUUUUUUCCUAACCU